ACUAAAGACUUCAAAGAACUCAUUUUAGGCAAAAUAAGUGAAGUAAGUUGUUCUGAUAAAGUGAUAUGGAUCCUUGUUCAGUUGGAGUUCAGCUUCAAGCUACCAAUGAGUGCCAUAAGACCUAUUAUACCCGUCACACUGGCUUCAAGACUAAGCAAGAUAUAUCUUCAUCUGACCUACUGUUACUUCAGCUUAGGACUGGAAUAACCCUUUCAGAGAACAAUACAAUCUGCUUCCACCAUGCAAAAAUUUACAUUGAAAGAUUUGAAGACUUACAAAAAUCAUGUUGUGAUCCCUUUAAUAUGCACAGAAAACUAUCAAAGAAAAACUUACGUGCAAUUGACUUAGAUGACGCAACUUUUCUAAGUGCCAAGUUUGGAAGACAGUUUGUACCUGGUUGGAAGCUUUGUCCCAAAUGUAUGCAGAUAAUAAAUGGAAGUGUGGAUGUUGAAUCUGAAGAUCGCCAAAGAAGAAAACUUGAUUCGGACGGGCGUACAGCUAAGGCUUUAAAGUCUCUACAGUUUGCUAAUCCAGGACGACAGACUGAAUUCACUCCUGAGACCAGUAAAAGGGAAAAAAGAAGGCUGCAAACAAAAAAUGCAUCAUUUAAUUCAGACAGGCAAGUUAUACCAGCCAAGAGUAAAGUCUACGAUAGCCAGGGACUACUCCUUUACAGUGGGAUGGACCUCUGCGAUUGUCUUGAUGAAGAUUGCCUGGGAUGUUUCUAUGCUUGCCCCAAGUGUGGCUCCAACAAGUGCGGAGCUGAAUGUCGCUGUGACCGCAAGUGGCUAUAUGAGCAAAUUGAGAUAGAAGGAGGAGAAAUAAUUAGAAAUAAGCAUGUUGGUUAGCGUAUAUGUGCAUUGUUUAUCCCAAGUAUAUAUUCCAUGUUUUGAUUAAACACAGCACAUUCAUCAUUUAGUGGUUUAAUUAAAACCAUUGGAAUUUGUCACGAUCCUUAUGAUUAAUGUGCUCACUUUCACUUUCAUUUAGUAUGAUUAUGGAAAUAAUCAUACUACUGUCUUCUCACACUGCAUUCUACUUUGUACUUGGUCUUGUUAGUCAUCCAAGUUAAGUUCUCAUUGAACAGUCUUUCACUGUAUUUAAGUAUAAGGUGCUAAAUUUUCAUGUGACACGUCCUGAGCCACUCACCAUCAUUUCAUAUACUGUUUUGUUUAGUGUACCAUCUCCAAGUAUCCCUCAUUUUUCCUUCUAUGGUUCAGGAUCUCAUGGUUUUGAAUCUGUUUUGUGUGAAACACUCUAAAAGUUCUCAGUGAAUUUACAUGCAGUGUUAAUAAAGCUCUCUCCAGUAUUAAUAGUGAAUGCUGUAUCAUCUAUAGAUUAUCCCAGCUACAUCUGAUAAAUUCAAAGCUAUUCACUUAAAUGGAUUCAAAGGCAUUUAGGAGUUCAGAUCCUGUCCAAGUUACUGGAUUUGAGAUAAAGUUAUCCUGAUGAAUUCAAGCCCCACUGUUAAAGUGUUAUUAAACUGUCAAGGCAUUGAAAAAUAUGUUAAAGUAUUAAUUAUGGAACUGUUUUCUUGAUUUCUGUAUAACACAAUUGAAAUAAUUUUGCCAUAUUUGUUAUUGGUCUGUAAUUGGACUGGUACUUCAACAGCUGUCUCCCCUUUGUUUACUUGUUUUUAAGGUAAAGGUUUGCAUGCAGCUGAAAUGAAUUUGAGUGUCUGUUCCCAAACUAAGGAUACCCAGACUGCUACCAGAAAACCCCAGUUGAAUUGAAAUUAUGUUUGGUUGAUGCAAUAUCUAUCCUCAGAACAUUAAAAUUUU